CGACACUAUAACCAACUACUCACUUAAAAUAUUCUCUCUCACACUGAGAUAGAUACAAAAGUCAGACUGGGGAAAACGACAAAAUGCGUGAUGUAUCAUAUUUACAAAACCUCAAGAAUUUAAGCCAUAAGUAAAUAAACAAAUACACUUGACUGGUUGUAUGACAUCGAAAUCCCUCGGAAAAUUAGGCCAUCGUGAAACCAGUUAAAAUUGUGUAAUAAGGUAAAAAUUAUGUCAAACCAUGCGUAAAUCACUGCAUUAUGUCUGACAAACAAGCUUGUAUGUUGUAACAUUUUGAACUUUAAUGCACAAGGAUCCAACGUUUAUGUCCAUUACAACAAAAUGAGGAAAUACUUUGGCAAAGUAAACUUUAAGAUAAAAUAUUUGUUCUAAAUUUUUUACCUGAUAACAAACCUUCAAAUUUAUCAUGAAGUCUAUUUCUCUUUAACUUCUUUCAUCUUUUCCAUUUUAAAUGGUUUACAAACUGAAGAAAAUGGUCCCUAAACCAGUGUCCGAAACGGAACUUCGUGAGUGGGGAAAAUGUUUACUAAAUCCAUCGGCUAAAUUAGUUGAUCGUUCUCGUGCCCUUUGGGGAUUACGUCAUGCAAGUGAACCAUUAGCAUUGGAAUUAUUAGCUGAUUUUGUAUGUAACUAUGUAAGGCCAUCACCGGUUACCAAUGAUUUAUUACAACAUGAAGCUGCUUAUUGUCUAGGUCAACGAGGAGAUGUAAAAGCUAUCCCUUACCUUUUGCAAGCCAUUCGUAAUGAAAAGCACGUUACCCUCAUUCGACAUGAAGCCGCUGAAGCACUAGCUGCGUUAACUGGAUUUGAUGGUGCGGAUAUCGUUGAAGUUGAGAAAGCCCUGAAGGAAUUCGCUAAUUCAAACAUAACUGAGUUAGCUGAAACGUGUCAAGUCGGUCUGUGCCGUAUUGAAUGGAUCAAGAGUAGAAAAGAAAAGCAACAAAAUGAAUCCAGCCCUCCUACCGAUGACUUGGCAUUACAGUUCUUCCCGAAUACAGUUGAUCCUGCGCAUAGUUUCAGUAGUGAUCACAGCUAUACUGAUGAACAGUUGCGUGAUUUAUUGAUGGACCCAACUCAGACAUUGUUCACGCGUUACCGUGCUAUGUUCACUCUACGAGACCGUGUUUUAAAGGCAAUUUUAGACAAAACGUCACCCGAAAAACCAGCUAACUUCCUAGCUGAAGGUUUGAAAGCACCAAACAGUGCGCUGUUACGUCACGAAGUUGCUUUCGUACUUGGACAGUUAACAGUUGCCAGCACUGUUCCUCCACUUUCUGCCUGUGUUCGUGCAACUGAUGAACAUCCUAUGGUUAGACACGAAGCUGCUGAAGCUCUUGGUUCAAUUCUCGGUGAAUUGGAAGGGAAAUAUUUGUCAAGUAAUGUAAAAAGUGAUGUACCUAAAGAAUUUGAAAGUCAGGCACGUAAUGUAUUAGAGGAAUUUACUAAAGAUAAGGAGCCGGUCGUUCGUGAAAGUUGUAUUCUCGCUUUGGACGUUGCUGAUUACAUUUCAUCACCGGAGCAAUUUCAGUAUGCUGCUGUACCACAAAAUUAG